AUGUGGAUGACCGAUGUCGGGAUGUCCACGGCGAUUAAACCGGCUGGAUCACAAAUCGAUAUACCUAGAUACCUCGACACCGAUCGAACUAUGGGCGUGUUUGUGGAUAUACGAUGUCCGAAUCAAAACGUCAGCGGCAUAUUCAACGAAGGUACAACUCAUCGUAUGUAUGACUAUUCAUAUGCCUGGCUGAUCUUCGGGAGCAACUUGAACGACAGUUUGCAGAGUUUAAACGAUAGUGGCUUCAGCAUUGUCACGGAUUUUGCGAUCUUGCUGCCGAACGAUAGCGAUUACGUUCUCUAUGACGUAUAUAAUCACUGUAAAAUGCGCGGCGGAGUGCUUAACGUUACAUGGCUCGGUAGUUGGCGAGAGAACGAAGGACUUACGAUCAAGUUGACCGAUUCGAGAAUCAACAGACGACGAGAUUAUCAUGGAAUGCGAGCCAAGGCGGCCGGAAUUGUGCUGCACAGACCAGAGAAUGUGAGUUUGAUAGAUUAUCUGGAGGGUGACAGCCUCGAGGUCAUGGACAAUUGGCCGAAAUUCGGACACACUCUUCUCUCGCACGUUGCCAACAUGUUUAACUUUACCAUGGACCUCAUCGAGAUUGAUCACUGGGAGAAGAAUGACAGUAAUGGCCCCUUGAUGGGCACCUUGAAGAGGGACGAUGCGGAUUUGGGUUACUAUCCGUCUAUCCUAACGAUCGAGAGAUAUGGUUACGCGCGCGUUAUUUUUCCACAAUGGCCCACGCGUACCUGUUUCAUGUUUCGUACCAUACCGGCGACGAAGAUGAAACCCUGGAUAAUACUGAAACCGUUCGCGGCGGACACGUGGUACUCGAUCAUCUUGAUCGUGGUGAUUACAAUUCUCAUCCUCUCCUGCAUACUGAAGUUAGAACGUGCCGACGAUUACGGCUGCAGCAUUUCGGCAUUGAUCGCCGUUGCCGCAUUAUGCCAGCAAGGUUUUCCUUCUCUCUCUAAUCAAUCGGCCAGUCGAAUCGCCUUAAUUCAGAUCACAGUCUUCGGCCUGUUGGUAUACAAUUAUUACGGAGCGGCGAUAGUGUCAGCCAGAUUGAAUGAGCCUCUUCAAAAAAUGAAUGAUUCAUUGUAUUCGUUGGCGCAUAGUAAGAUGCAGAUGGCUGCUGAGAAAAAUGUCUUCUUCAAUUUUUUGCUGCGAAACCCAAGACCGGACGUACAAUACUUCAGACCCUUUUGGAACGCUAUACCGGAAUCGAAGAGAUUUAUCUCGCUCGAGGAGGGCGUGGAGGGAAUAAAGAGAGGAGGUUUUGCUUAUCACGCGGAUCCGGAUGAUAUUUAUCCAUCCAUCGAACUUGCAUUCGACAAACAGAUGAUAUGUCAGUUAACAGAAGUUCACCUGUUGAAGUCUGAGUUGGGCCUGUGGUCUAAUCUUAAAAGUCACUUUCACGAAAUCUCUAAAAUAGCAUUACUGAGGAUAAAUACUUCGGGAUUACGGCGACGAGAAAUACGUCGUCGGUCGGCCAGGAAGCCUUAUUGCCCAAGUGACGAGAUUUUCGUCUCCAGCGUGACCAUUUAUGAAGCGGCGCCGAUCUUAUUUCUUUUGCUCUUUGGUAUGAUAAUUUCACUUAUCGUAUUUGGUAUCGAGUAUUUUGUCUUCUACACAAUGAAUUCGAAGCAAACAUCGGAUAUUACACCAGGCAUUAAACCAAGCAUUAAACCAAGCGUUAAACUAAACGUUAAACCAAGCAUUAAACCAAAUAUUAAAUCAGACAUUAAACUAGGCAUUAAACCAGGUAUAAAACAAGGUAUUAAACCAAGUAUCAAACCAAAUAUAAAACAAAAUAUUAAAUCAGACGUUAAAACAGACACUAAAAUCGACAAGAAAAAUAAGAUAUUACUAAAAGAUAAAGUUCCGCCUAAAAAUAACAUCAUUCUAGUGCUCCCAGAAGCGAGUAAUCUCUUUCAACAAGUGCUUAUGUCUAAGCAGUAUCAAUAAAGAAUAUCGAGA